CGCCGCUUGAGAAAACGGCUUAACGUUCAGCUGAUGGCGGACCAAGCGUACGCCGGUGCUGUAAGCCAUUGAAAACAACAUCUCGUACGAAAACUCGAUCAGCUUGACGCUUCGUCGCCAGCGUGUCACAAUUAUCGGGGAGAAUGUCGACCGACUUCUACAUACGCUACUACGUCGGCCACAAGGGCAAGUUCGGGCACGAGUUCCUGGAGUUCGAGUUCCGGCCGGACGGUAAGCUGCGCUACGCGAACAACUCCAACUACAAGAACGACACGAUGAUUCGCAAGGAGGCGUAUGUGCACCAGUGCGUGAUGGAGGAGCUCAAGCGGAUCAUCCAGGACUCGGAGAUCAUGCAGGAGGACGACUCGCUCUGGCCGCAGCCGGACCGCGUCGGCCGCCAGGAGCUGGAGAUCGUCAUCGGCGACGAGCACAUAUCGUUCACCACCUCCAAGACCGGCUCCCUCCUGGACGUCAACCAGUCGCGCGACCCGGAGGGUCUGCGCUGCUUCUACUACCUCGUGCAGGAUCUCAAAUGCCUCGUGUUCUCCCUGAUAGGGCUGCACUUCAAGAUCAAGCCCAUAUAGGCGGCGCCAGACGAUUCCAGAGACUUCUGUAUACUCCCCGACUCCCCCCGCCCCCACCUUUUGCUCCCUUUUAUUUUAACAAAAUAAACGUAAUUGUUUGUA